AUGGGACAAUCUUCAUGGCCACAGCCCUUCGACAUGAGCGCCGUCUCCCUGAUCGACAGCCGCUGGACGGACAACCAGAACCGCACGGUCACGUACCUGAAAUGGGUCGACGUCGACCGCCUGCUCUACAAUUUCCGGGCCAACCAUGGCCUGUCGACCCAGGGGGCUCGCCAGAACGGGGGCUGGGAUGCGCCCGACUUCCCGUUCCGAACCCAUGUCCAGGGCCACUUUCUCACUGCGUGGUCACACUGCUACGCCUCCCUGCGGGACGACGCCUGCCGUGACCGGGCCACUUAUUUCGUGGCCGAGCUCGCCAAGUGCCAGGCAAACAACGAUGCCGUCGGCUUUGGCGCCGGCUACCUGUCUGGGUUCCCGGAGUCCGAGUUUGACGCUCUUGAAGCAAGAACCCUCAGCAACGGCAACGUCCCGUACUACGCCAUCCACAAGACCAUGGCUGGCCUGCUGGAUGUGUGGCGCCACGUAGGCGACACCACGGCCCGCGACGUGCUGCUCGCGCUGGCCGGGUGGGUGGACUCGCGCACCGGCCGUCUGAGCUACGAGCAAAUGCAGGCCGUGCUGGGCACCGAGUUUGGCGGCAUGAACGACGUCCUGACCGAGCUCUCCCUCCAGACCGGGGACCCGCGGUGGCUCGAGGUCGCGCAGCGGUUCGACCACGCCGCCGUCUUCGACCCCCUGGCAUCCCGGCAGGACCGGCUCGACGGCCUCCACGCCAACACGCAGGUGCCCAAGUGGAUCGGCGCCGUGCUCGAGUACAAGGCGACGGGGACGGCCCGGUACCGCGACAUCGCGGCCAACGCGUGGAACUUCACGGUCGGCGCCCACAGCUACGCCAUCGGCGGCAACAGCCAGGCGGAGCACUUCCACGAGCCCGACGCCAUCGCCAAGUACCUGCUCGAGGACACGGCCGAGGCGUGCAACACGUACAAUAUGCUCCGGCUCACGCGCGAGCUGUGGAUGCUCGACCCGGCCAGCACGGCCUACUUUGACUUUUAUGAGCGCGCGCUGCUGAACCACCUCCUCGGGCAGCAGAACCCGGCGGACCCGCACGGGCACGUCACCUACUUCACGCCGCUCAACCCGGGUGGCCGCCGCGGGGUUGGCCCGGCCUGGGGCGGCGGCACCUGGAGCACCGACUACGACUCCUUCUGGUGCUGCCAGGGCACCGCGCUCGAGACCAACACCAAGCUGAUGGACUCCAUCUACUGGCACGACGACGACGACGACGCCGACGACGACGGGGCGGCGAACCUGUGGGUGAACCUCUUCACCCCAUCGGUGCUGCGGUGGACGGAGCGCGGCGUCACCCUCACGCAGGAGACCGCCUUCCCCGCGGGGAGCGACACCAUCACGCUGACGGUCGGGGGCGAGCCGACGGGCGGCUGGGACAUGCACGUCCGGAUCCCCUCGUGGACGACGUCGGGCGCCGAGGUCCUCGUCAACGGGGAGAAGGCGGGCGUCGCGGCGGCGGUGCCGGGGACGUACGUGUCCAUCAGGGGGCGCGAUUGGAAGGCGGGCGACGUGGUGACGGUGAGGCUGCCCAUGACGCUGCGGACGGUGGCGGCCAACGACAACCCCGGCGUCGCGGCGCUGGCGUACGGGCCAGUGGUGUUAUCGGGCGACUACGGCAGCGCGUCGCUGGCGUCGCUGCCCACGCUCGAUCUGGACUCGGUGAGGCGGGCCAAGGGAAACGGGUUGGUGUUUACCGCGACCGCCGACGGGCAGUCGGUGACGCUGGGGCCGUUUUACGACGCGCAUGAUAGCAAUUAUAACGUGUACUGGGUAACGAAGGGACGCCUGCCGGAGUGA